AUGCCUCGAUACAACAGCUCCUUCGACGGCGCACAGUUAUUUUAUCGAGAUCUUGUUCCAGCUAGCCAACCGCCACCUUUCGCUGCAAAUGAACAAUACGGAAACAAGCAGGACCUGACAUUUGUAUUCCUCCACCAGUGGCCUCUGUCAUCUCGCAUGUAUGAGCCAUUGCUACUGAAACUCUGCGAGACUUAUCGGUUCCGCUGUAUCGCCCCAGAUAGGCGUGGUUUUGGUCAGAGUGAUUGGUCAGGCCUGAAUCUGGAUGGAGAUAUCAACUAUGAUGUGUUCGCUAGUGACGUUGUUGACCUCUUAGAAAAGAUAAAACCUGGUCCAUUCAUAUUUGUGGGUGCCAGCAUGGGCACUGGGGAGACGCUGCUUGCCCAUUCCCUCAGCUCAUAUGUCAGAGCACAGUGCAAGGGAUUUGUGUGGAUUAGUACCUCGCUUCCACACCCUGUCUUAUCAACAGACUUUCCAAACGCGCCACCAAGAGAGCUGUGGGAUACCGUUCUCGCAUCCCUGCGAAGCCAUCGAUCGCAGUUUGUCUCUACAGGCUUUACUGGACCACUGGGGGUUGGUUCGGCAACGCAGGUCUCAGAAAAGGACAUUGAACUCUACGAGCGGAUUGUUGAUGCUGCGGAUGGGCUGGCGAUAGAGCGAGCCGUCCAAAUAUAUACUUCGGAGAACUUGACAGACCAGUUGGCGCAGUUCGCAAACAGCAGCGACGCUCCGCUUCUACUGGUCCAUGGCGGUAUGGAUGGUGGUGUGCCAAUCGAGGCAAGCGCUCAUCGAGUCAAGCAGUUGGUGCCCAGAGCCAAGGUGAUUGUGUAUGAAGACGGGGGACACGUCUUGGUUCUGUCCCACCCCGAGCAGCUUCUCCGAGAUAUUCUGGAAUUUGCCGACGCCGCGCGGAGUUAAAGUGGCGGAGUUGUG